AUUAGACAGCAGUUUGCCUGAAUCUAAUAUUCCAGUUCCAAGUGUCAAGAAUCUGCUCCGUUCGACUAGCUAUUAUAUUUCACUCACUUUCGUCAUUGCUCGAUUGCUGAACUUGCGUCUUCAUCAGCCAUGCUUGUGACGAUAUUCUUUGUCGCCUGGGCGUCCGCAGCCUUGGCCGAUUCCGUCACUAGCCAAACCGUAUGCACGACCAAGUAUGGAAGAUCCUCCAUCAACCGAGUGUCUACGGUCUACACGCGAAAUCCAACUACGACCGUCUUUCGAGUGUAUCAGACAAGCACCUCUACGCGAACAAUCACUCCAGCACCAGUGACAACGACGACUACCGUCACAAGCACAUCAACCAGGAUCGUCAAUACCCAAUCAACCGAUAUAGCCACCGCCACAUCUACCUCGACGCAAGUUGACACCGCUGUCACCACCACGACGUCCACAUCCACUGUCACCACUGUCACGACGAGUACGUCCGCCAGUACUACUACUGUUCCCACCGCGGCUGGGUUCACCGCCGUAGCUCUGCAGGGUGACUAUGUUGCAAAGCGUACGCCGGUCGCGCGCCUCGAAGGCCAGGGGCGUCGUGAGCGAGACGCACAGCUCGAGCUUGAAGCUCGCGAAGCCCAAGCUGCGAUUGAGCGCCGUGCUAGCGCGAAGACCAGAAUGCUGAUGCCUGCCGCCACUGCCACGACCGCUCCUUCUCAAUAUCCCUCAGCAGUGACUUGUGGUGUGUCCACUUCGUGGUACAUUACUUUCACUUCGACUACAUCCACGACCACGACCAUUGCUCCCGUGACUGCGACUGCAACAUCCACGGCGAGCACCAGCGUUGAUUCAACAAGUACCUUGGCCCCGACGACCAUCACGACCACAACCACUGCCUCGGCCACCACCACAACUACGACUACCGUUUCCACCAGCACCACAACCACCUCAACGCGUACAGCCGUCGUUCCACAAUCGACAUACUACGCCCAAUGCGGCUCGAACAACCUCGUCAACCAUGUCCACGGCGGCAUUCCCGUCGCCAUUCUCUCCUACAGCAGCGCUUUCUCUCUCGAGUCCCAGCCUAUGAAUGACUCGACCGGAUACGGAUGCUGUGCCCUCUGCGCCUCCAUGGACAACUGCGCCGGCUUCGGACAACAUCCUUCGGGUACUUGCUAUUACAUCCUCACUCAGGGGCAGUGCGAUGGUAGCCAAACUUACGGCGAUGCAUACCACUACUACGGGAGCACAACAUCGCCGUACUUCUACACCGUUGGCAAUGGUGCGUGUGGUCGACUUGGUGCAGUUUCGGGUCCGGUGGCAUCUGCGUGAACAGAAUUCAUGUAGGCAGCCUUUGAAAUUGCGAACGUGUAGUUCGUGAUCGAACGUGCAAUGACAAUAUUAUCAACGAA